AUGCUGCCAGCGGCAAGAUGGUCUUUACGACUGCCACGCCAGAGCGCUCGAUCAAUCACCACGAAAAGCAUACCACGGCUAGCCCUUCGCAGUCGCCUACCGCGCAACACGACGCCGCCAACGACCUCAGCAUAUUCUACGAGACCACCUAGCAACGAUUCCUCAUCAAACACACAUGAUGGGGCCCCCAAAGAGACAUCGAAAGUGGACGCCGUGUCCAACGCCCUCUCGACCACGCCCGACUCCGAGAACAACCUCGUAACGCCCGUGUACAUGCCCGAAGACCCGAACGCCGUCCUAAAGCAGACACACCCCGCCAUGCGUCUUCUGGACAACUCGUCUCUUAUAGUACAACGGCAGCUGGAAAUGAUGAACGUGCUCAUGGGCUUCGAGCAAGCGAACCGCUACGUUAUCAUGGACCCGCACGGUAAUCAUAUUGGAUAUCUCGCCGAGCAAGACCAUGGCAUAGGGAACGCCAUGGCGAGACAGAUGUUCAAGACGCACCGCAGCUUCACGACUCACGUCUUUGACCGGGACGAAAAGGAAAUACUAAGGUUUCAUAGACCUUUCAGCUGGAUCAACUCGAGAAUACGCGUGUAUGAUGCGGUAGGGCCCGAUGAGAGCACCUAUACCAGCUCGGCAAGUCUGCAAGGCACGAGUGUCAAAAGCAUAGCCAACCAAACGAGCGCAAAUGUCUCAACUUUGGCACUCCGAGACAUGAGGAUUAUCGGAGCUUCGGAACAGGAGUGGGCACCAUUACGAAGGAAGUACAACCUGUAUCUCGCAAGGAAUCUCGAGGACGCCGCCGCAGGACCAGACGCGCCCCAACUGUCCUCUGGUGACCUGCCAAUCUCAGACUCUAAAGCCGUGGCAGUAGCAGAAGGCGAUACCCGAGAAGUGGGCAUGCUCCAGUUUGCCAGGGUUGACGAACCCUUUUUGUCCUGGGACUUCAGCUUGAUGUCUGAAGACGGGCGGCUAGCGGGUUCUGUUAACCGCAACUUCGGAGGCUUCGCGCGCGAAAUAUUCACUGAUACGGGUGUUUAUGCGUUGAGAAUGGACGCUGCCGGGCUGGCAAGUGAGCCGUCAGGCAUGGUUUCCAAAACUGGUGAGCAGAGCCGACCAUCACUAGAAGACUACCCUGGCAUGACCCUUGAUCAACGCGCCGUAAUGCUUGCUACGGCUGUUAGCAUCGACUUUGACUAUUUCAGUCGACAUAGUGGUUCUGGUGGCAUGUGGCCAAUGUGGAUGCCAUGGGUAGGUGGCAGUGGUGAAGCCGCGGGAGGUGCUGCAGCUGGUGAAGCGGGUGCUGCCGGUGCUGGGGCCGUAGGUGCUGCUGGCGAAAGCGGUAUUGCAGGUGAGGUUGGCACUGCAGCGCGCGGACUGGGAGCUGGAGAGGGUGCUGCGACAGGUGCAGCUACAAUGGCGGGCUACGAAGCUAUGCAAAGAGGGCGAGAAGCCAGGCAACAAGAAGACGAUGCUUCCCCACAAGCGACCGAUCCGUAUCAGCCCAACCCCGAUCAACAGCCAGGUACAGGCCAAGUCGGUGAAGAUGUCUGGGGCGAAGAUCCUGGCGUCGGAUCUCGGGGUCAAGAUCAGGACUUCUGGGGUGGACAGGGUGGACAGAGUGGUGGCGAUGCUGGAGACGGUGGUGAUGGUGGUGGGUUUAGCUGGGGUGACUUUUUCGAAGAGUAA